AAGAUUCAUAUAUCGAUGGAAGACCCUGCCGACACUCUGGCGAAGGUAAAAAGCCCCAGAGAUGAGAAGUUUACCGUUUUUGGAGUUGAUCACAGGCACGUGUCACUCUGGUCUCCCCCCUGCCAUUCUUCUUCAGACCUGAGCCAUCCUCGAACUGAUGAAGAUCAAUCUCAAAAGUGUGUGCGGUGUUUUGGUUCUUUUGACCUGACCACAGGUGAAUGUAGCACAGACCUUGGUGAAGUGAAUCAAGAUGAAUGCUGUCAGAACCCUCAAUACGGUUACAAAGCGGAAGAAGGAUCAUGUCAGUCGUGUGGUUCACCAACAUGGUCUCCCUGGUCGUCCUGGUCAUUCUGCAAUGUUCUGUGUGGGGAGGGUGUGAAACAGAAGAGCAGGACAUGUCAUGGCAUUGGGGAGUGCGAGAAUCCUUUGGCCAAACUGCAGACAGAUGUGUGCAAUGGCACCUGCUGCAAUGAUAAUGGAUGGGGCUUAUGGAACCCCUGGACUCCAUGCUCAGUUACGUGUGGAGGAAGAGGAACCCGAAUGAGACAGAGAGUCUGCACCAGUCCUCCUGAAUGUCGCUCAGCAUGCAGUGGCCCUGCAGAAGAGAAAGAGCCCUGUGAUGCUAGCAACAUGUGUCCAGUCCAUGGAAGUUGGUCAAGUUGGGCAGUGUGGUCUCAGUGCUCUAGUUCAUGUAUCAAUGACCAGAACAGUAAUACCAAUGUGCCCUCAAGAGUACAACAGCGCACCUGCUCCGACCCGGCCCCCUCAACUGACACAGCACCACCGGGCAAUAACUGCCCUGGUGAUGCUGUCAAGAGGCAGGACUGCACAGAGCUCCCUAAUUGUCCAGUGGACGGCAACUGGGGGAAUUGGCUUCCACCUGGCCCAUGCUCCGUCUCUUGUGGAGAGGGUCUGCAGUUGUCAUUAAGGCGGUGUGACAACCCCAGCCCUAAAUAUGGUGGCAAAUUGUGUGAGGGGCCAAGCACUCAGAGCAGUGUCUGUAAAAGUCCCUGUCCUGUUCAUGGAUUCUGGUCCGGUUGGUCAAACUGGGGUGACUGUUCAUCUUCCUGUCUCCUGCCCAACAGAGGUUCAGUUAGGACUCGCCACCGAUCUUGUUCUAACCCUGCCCCGUCAUUGAACCCACCUGGCAAUGGUUGCCAAGGUGAUGACUCCCAAAACGAAAACUGCAACCACAUGCCUCAUUGCCCAGUGGAUGGCAACUGGGGUCCUUGGUCAGCCUUCACAUCAUGUCCUGUUACGUGUGGAGUGGCUCUUCAGGUCUCAGAGAGGAAAUGCAACAACCCUGCUCCUAAUCAUGGUGGCCGUCCAUGUCCUGGAGACGGAAGACAAACCAAACUUUGCUCAACUCAGAUCCACUGCCCAGUGAACGGUGUGUGGGAAGAGUGGUCCUCCUGGACUGACUGUACAUACGCAUGGGAAGGGAAGGAAAUCAAAUGCUUGACAAUAGGUGGCAAACAGACCCGAAACCGCUUGUGUCAACAUCGAGCUCAUAAUGGGUCCAUCUGCACUGGUGGAAAGUUAACGGAAACUCAGGUCUGCUACAAUGUCGACAAAUGUUAUGUGAAAGGAUCCUGGGAAGGCUGGGGGCCUUGGAGUUUAUGUAGGCCGGCCUGUGGAGAAAAGUCUAAACGUACGAGGUUUAGAAUCUGCAAACCUGAUUACAGCAACUACAAUCCAACUAUUGGUCGUCAGCGGUUGCCUGCAAAUUUCCAUGGAACCCCAAGGGCCGACUGCGGCCCGACACCUGAUGGAGGGAAGAUGUUUCAAAUUCACAACUGCCUUAAUGUCCCUUCCUGUACCUAACAAUGUGUUAACCGACAACUUUAACAGUGUCAAAUGGUGCUUCGUGAGGGAAAUCUAUGCUGAUAAUGCAUUUUGAUGUUUGUCUACUAAUAACGUUUUAUGCUAAAAGAUGGAUACAUUUGCUGCCUGAUCAUUUGAUCUAACAUUAUACAUCUACAUCUCUACAUUUUCAGCUUUAUAUGGUCAUUUUUCCAGCAACUGUUAGAGUGGAACGAGGAGUAAUUUGGCUGGAAAACAUGCCAGGUCACAUUUGUUGUUAAAAAAAAAGAAAAAACAUAACUUUUAAAUAACCAACUCAUUGGCAUAAGUGCUACUUUUUUGGUCAGGUUUCAGAAAUCAUUGAUAACUUACCAGACAAAUCUUUAAAUAAUGGUAGCUCGAAGGUUGGAGUUCAUUCAGACUGUAUUCACACAAACCACCAAAAUUUGAUUUAAUUUCUAACCAAUGAACGUAGUUUCUAAAUCUACAUACAUAGAAAAUGUGUCUCCUCACCAUGUGGGAAGAAACCUUUCUCUAAUCACACUGGGAAAACUGUUCAGCUCAGAGUAUUUUCAGUUUGAAUAAUACACCUUUAUAAAUGGUAUUCACUGUGGGUCAAAAUAGGCAAGCUAAAAGUACUCAACAUUUUAAUGAAACAAAGUAAAAAAUAAAUUUGUGUAGAUCUGAAAAAGUGUCCAAGAAAUUUUCUUAAAUAAUAGAAAGCUGUACAGUUUCCAAUGUUUUGGGUGAAAUGUUUUCUAUUUUGUCUAAAAAAUGUCAUCACUCUAUUCCCAGCAACAAAUGACCAAAAGCCAUUUCUGUAUUUAGCCGAGUUUAUUGGAUGGGUGUGCCCACGUCUGUGGGUAAAAAGUCCCUGGAUGCUUAUGGCCCCUUUGACUAUAUUAAAAUGAAAGCAAAAAAAAAAAGGCUAAUAAAAGAAAUAAACUUUG